AUCGCCAGUGUUGAACGGUUUUUGUGAAGAAGGAUGAGAUCUUGUAACUUACCUUUCAGUGCGGGCGACAGAUGCGGGCGCGACGGCAGUGAUGCAGGUUAAGAAUCCCCAGCUUCGUCCGUUUUCUCUUCCGACUCCUCGUUGCACGGAUGAAGCGAGCGUUACACAGAAGGCGCAUCUCUUCACUGAAUGAGACAGACGUACAGAAAUUGGGACUUUUGGGCGACAAAUGAGCACAUCCACGAUGAGCAGCAGAAGGUGGGGAUUUUCUUAAGAAGUCGGAAUGCAUUAGAAUGCAAGAAACGGCGUGAUGGCGAGAGGGGACUGUUGGGAGACAAGGAUCUGCAUAUGGAAAUGAGACAACGUGGUUAAAAAAAACACAUUGAGUGGCUUUACGUGCUGCAUUUGCAGGGACACUUGCAAUCGCACUAAUACAGAGGAAAACAAGUUGCGGAUCCGGCGAGUUUUUUGGUGAAGUCAGUUCAGUCUAUUUCAUCAUACUAAAUUGUAAUAGUAAUAAUGUAACAGUCAUUCGCCAUUCAAUCAUGCUUGUUUUGAUCGUGUCACAACAUUACAUGGAUCGUUUAACAUGACAUUAAACACGCUUUAGUUGAACUACGACAACGGAAACAGACGGGCAAGCGAGGGGAACUGCGCAUGCGUGCUGUGACAGCGCGGGAGCGCUCCAAAACAACAGACGUGACAUCGGAGUUGGCUUUAUUUGUGACAUAUUCCCCGACAGAUGUGCUUUAUAUAAGGUGGUCCCAACCAUGGCGGACGACUUCUCACAAUCGCUCACACCGCCAGUUUCACCUUUUGCUGCUGAUAGCCUGUGUGAUCUGACCACAGCAAGGCCUCCUUGCUUCUGCUGCACCGACAUCAAGGAUGGCCCGAAUGGAGCACUUUCACUUGAAGGAUACACCACCAGAGGAACAUUAAAAAGGUUGCUGUUGCAUCUCGAUCCUGCCCCUUCUGAAUAUGAGGCAGACACGGUUGAUAUCUUUGGGUUUCCCUGUGUGACAGAGACAGCACUUGUUGAGUCUACGAAGCUUCUGUUCGGUCUUCUCAGACAAACGAUUUACAGGUUAGAAACAUUGGUGCAGAGCAGUUCAAAUGACUUUGGUCAAGCCGGCAACCUUCACUAUGAAGCAGAAGACCUCCGCCAACAGUGCGUGUCAUUUCUGCAGUAUGUUAAAGUCUACCUGCACAGAUACCUGACCACUUCCAGCAGCAUGAAUGAUGGACUGUCGCACCCUUAUGAGGAUUUGGAGGGUCAGCUCCCAUCUGCUCUGCUGGAGGAGCUGUUUGGCAUCACCCUCCUUAUUGGACGACUGAAGGAUUUGCCAGCCAACAUUCAAAGUGCCUUUACCAUCCAGAAUCAUGGAAAGAUUUUCCCUCCCUCCUGGCAUCUGUUGCACCUUCAUCUGGACAUACACUGGUCUGUCUUGGCGAUCCUUCAUCUGCUCGGACAUAAGAUGCAUGGUCAGGUGGUGUACGCGCAUCAGUUUGUGAACCUGACAGGGGAGAACCUAACUGAUACCAGCCUGUUUGAAGAGCACUUGUGUAACCUUAUUUGUGACCUCACUGGUUUGGCAAUGGGCAAAUACAGCAAGGUGAGGCCGACGGAGGCUCUGAACAGCCAUCAUCAUCUUUGCUCCUGCACCAAAGAGCUCUGGGUUCUCAUCAUGCAGCUGCUGGACUGCAGAAGCAAAGAGAAACACACACAGUCUUUCUGGAGCUACAUGAACCAGUUGUUAAGGCCUCUGGCGUCGAGAAAGCCCCCUGCUGAGCAGUUCAGUGGUCUCCCAACCCACUGCAAGGACCCGCUGGGAUUCACAUGGUGGCUCACCACUCAUUUAGCCAUGUUGGGCCAGUACGGCCAUCAUGGCACAGUCCAGGCUGAAAAACAACUGGAUGAAAACUGGACCUUUGUGGAGGAGCUGCUCAAGCUGACAUGUAAUCCAAAGGGAGGUCUAGCAGAGGAGCAGGUCAGGAUGCAUGUGCACUGCUGUCUCAGCCUGUGUCUGCUGUGGAGACCCAGCACCAGUGCCGUCUCCACACUCUGGGACUACUACAGCAAGAAUCUGAAUUCCUCAUUCACUGUUCCCUGGCUCGGGGUCUCCGGUCUGGGCACGCUGUGCAAGACCCCCCUGGCCAUGUUGGAGCUGGCUCGCAGCUGCUGCUCCCCGUCUCCCCUCCACAGUCCAGGACACACCCAGCUCUACCGCUCAGCCAACUCCUUCCACAUCUUCCUGCGAGUGCUGGCCCUGUGCCUGGCGCAGAACCAGGCAGGAGGAGUCCCACAGAGACAGAUCAAAGGGAGAAUCUACUCCAAGUUUUCUGCGAAGAAGAUCCAAGAGAUGUCCGAAUCAGGCCUCAUGAACUUCCUGCUUCUGUUCCUGGUGGUGGCUGGGCAGGCCGAGCUGGAGGACGUAGCCAGCCGAGCCUGUGAGCUGCUUGGCUUCCUGCCGUCCAACUGCUCCACCGGACACCGCACCCUGGUCUGGAGGGGUCAGCUGGCUUUGCUGCUGCUCUUUCAAGAGCGAGGUCUGGAUGUUGGUGCUCAGGCCACAUGGUUGGCGUCGUCCUUCAAUGAGACCGCUAAAGAGUUCUACAACAAGACCACAGAGGUUUCCAGAAAACUGGCGCUCUGGGGUCCCUUGGGCUCUUACCUGGAGGGUGUUGCAGAAGUCUUUGAAACCAGCACGAGUCUGAGCUUGUCUGAGGAGAAGCUUCUCAGCGAAGGGUUUGACUGGCUGCUGCCCGCUUGUCGGCAGUCAGAAUUGUACUCUGCCCUCGGCUUCCUGCAGAUCAUCCUCAGCCAGCUCAGGCGGGUCCACCAGCGCAGCGGACAGUCCGGUCCUACCUGGGCACCUGCCACCAGCUCUGCAGUGAAAGAGCACCACCUAGCGGUCGCAGCGGCGCUCUGGGCGCACUUCUUCCCCUUCCUCCGCAACCUCCGCCUCUCACAGACCCCUCCGCCACAGCUGGCAGAUGCUGCUGCAGGAUUCACCCUGUUGGCUUUUGACCUGCCCAGCUCCUCCCCCCCAGACCUGCAGCCUAACCCGGUCCAGUCCAUCAUGCGGUGUUUUGGCUGGGAUGACAUGGUUCACCCUCUUCUUGUAACUCGCUACCUCCCACAUCUUCUCCAAAACAGCGAGCUGGUUUCAUCCCUCAGCUCCGAUUCUGGCGUGUACGUGUCUGGUUCUGCACAGAGCUUGUCAGUGAGGUCCUGGUUCAGAUGUGUCCUGCAGCAACACCUGCAUGGGAGCCCGGACGACAGCAGAGCAGGUCGUGCUGCCGAGGAGCAGCUGUGUGAACUGACCCGCCUGGUGCUCAGGCUUCCUGAGGUGGAGGGGCUUCUGCUGAGAGCGAGUGUGCCCCCUGCUGGCAGCCGGACUGAACCGGUGUCUGCUCUGGAGACGUUUGUGAAGGCUGUUGGGGGUGUCUACAGCCAACUGCCUGUGUCAUCUGAGCGUGCCACCAUGGUCACCAGGGCUCUGGACUACAUCGGGGACAUCCUCAAACAUAUAAAACCAGCUCUGACCAGCAAAAGUCAGGAGGGGAUCCAGCGAGCCUAUUGGGUCGUCGGCUGUAUAGUGAAACACUGGAGCCCCCUGCUGGUCACUUCCAAAGCCCAACAGCUGCUGUUUCGCAUAGUGGAUGGACUGCUGCUGCCAUCGAACAUCACCCUGCUGGACAAAGCUCUGAAUGAGAGUCUGCCUCUGUACCUGCAGGGGCUCACCGUGGCCUCCAGCAUCUCACAGUCUCAGGGCUCGUACCUGAAGCAGCAGCUGCGCACCGUCAUUCGCAGAUACCUGGACCACUUCCUAUCCACAUCGCCUUCCCUGGGCGUCACUGCCAAUCACCCAGUUCUGCUGGGCGCCUGCGAGACCAGCCCCACCUCACCUGGGGGGACGCUGAGGAAGACCAUCCUGGAGGUGCUGUGCCAGAACUUCCUCCAGUUCAAAGGCCACGCCCCCCCUCCUCGCCUGCCGUCGCUCCUGAUGUUCCUGUACGAGCUUCUGAGACGAAACAAUGACUCAGAGCCGACCCUCCUCGCCGUGCCGGUCCCCUCGCUGCUGCGCUGCCUGAUGCUGGUCAAUGAGCCGCAGGUGAAGAAGACGAGCACCGACGCCUUGCAACUCAUUGUCGAGCGCUGUGCGUCCUCCGAGCAACCGUGUGACCACAUGAUCGACCUGUUACGGUCGUUCAUCGAGGAGAAUCAGGGCGUCUACGACCGGCAGGUCUACGGCGUCCUGGAGACCGUGGCUGUUCUGGACCCUCGGGUGGUUCAAGCUCUGAUCCCGGAACUGUCCCUCAGUCUGAGGAACGUGGAACACAAGCGAGGCCUGGGAAGGAAUGCCACGUUACGAGGCGCUUACAAGAAGCUGCUGUGUCUCCUGGGAGAGAGCGGACUAGCCGAAAUAACCAGCCUGGAGGCGGACUGAAACUGGAUUUGACUUUUGCGCUCAAUAUUUAAUGUGAAAGCUUUUAUUGCAAAUUUCGUAUCUAGUUUUGUUAAAAAGUAAAAUUGUCAUUAAAGCUUGUAAGAAAUAAAAG